CCGCUCAGCGCCGCUCAGCGCCGCUCAGUUCUAAAAAAAUGUAACACAUUGUUGUCUAUGAGUGUACGCACACCGGCGCCGACAGGUGGCGCCUGUCCGCGCCGCCCAGCUGUGACUCAGGAAGUUGUUCAAAUCCCUGUCGCGCCACAGAGCGCCACUCACAUAGUUUAACAUUAAAUAACAUCAUAUGUGUCCCACAUCAUUAAUGAUUAACAUUGGCUGCUAACGUAUAUUUUACAUUUUGAAGUAGACGCUAUCUGACGAAGCUCGCGCUAUUUAAUGUGCACUUCCGGUUUACAAUACCUCCGAGUUCUCCUAGGCGCGACGCGGCGCUGAGCUGCGCGGCCGGUGUGCGAUCCCCUUUACUUGUCUGUUGGCCUAUGAACACCAGAUGAAAGUUUUCAUGCAUUCGUCUGGUCUCAGCAUUUUCUACACUCCACGCUGAGCUGUUAACUUCCACAUUUUUGCUCUUCUCAUCGUAUCACCUUUAAUCAUUGGACAACAGCCAUUAGCUACUGUUCUGCAUCAGCCUAAAUAUAGCCAGCCCUAAAGCUUCUUAGCGGGAGAACCUUCUUAUAAGUUCCUUUCCUUGAAUAGUAGCUGAGUAUAGAUCACACAAAUAUACUUAAGUGAAAAUCCCUUGCAGGUAUUUAAUUCUAAAUAAGUAAUUGCUAGGUUGUCACUGGGUCUUGGCCUGCGGGUGCGUAAGUGGCUCAUUUGUGUCUCGGCUUUGAAGAGAGUUGCACACAAAGCACCGACCGCUGGUAGUAGCACCAACCUGAUAACCAGAAGUCGGAGAGGCUUUCAUUUCUCAGGAACAAGUUACCCAACACAGCCGCCAAAAUGUGUGACAUGGGUGGACUGGAUAACUUGGUGGCCAACACGGCCUACCUGAAAGCCCAAGGGGGAGAUGACAAGGAGAUGAAGAAACGUCGGCGAAGUCUGGCUCUGCCCAAGCCGGAGCAAUGCGCAGAAAUCAAAUCAAACCUGGACAAGGACUUUGACUCCCUUUGCGAAAAACAGCCAAUAGGAAAGAAGUUUUUUCGCCAGUAUCUUGAUCAAGCUGAACCCGAGUGCAAUGCUGCUGCUGAAUUUCUGGAUGAUCUGACUGACUGGGAAUUGUCCGAGGCUGCUGCCAAAGACAAGGCCCGUACAAAUAUCAUUAAUAAAUUCUGCAAAGAUGGGUCAAAGACCUCACUUACCUACCUGACUGGAGAUGUAGCGACCAAGUGCAAGGCAGUUACGGACAAAGAUUUUGAGGAGGUGAUGGGACAGGUGAAGGCAGCCACCAAAGAGUUUCUCAAAGGCAAACCAUUUACCGAUUACCAAGCAAGCCCAUUUUUCGACAAGUUUCUGCAGUGGAAAGUAUAUGAGAAACAGCCCAUCACUGAAAAAUACUUCUAUGAAUUUAGGACACUUGGAAAGGGUGGAUUUGGAGAGGUGUGCGCAGUGCAGGUGAAGCACACCGGACAGAUGUAUGCCUGCAAGAAGCUGUGCAAGAAGCGACUAAAGAAGAAACACGGUGAGAAAAUGGCCCUGUUGGAAAAGAAGAUUUUAGAGAAGGUCAACAGCCCCUUCAUUGUCACCCUGGCUUAUGCUUAUGACACCAAGACCCACCUCUGCAUGGUCAUGACCUUGAUGAAUGGAGGUGAUCUCAAGUAUCACAUCUACAACAUUGGCGAGAAGGGAAUCGAAAUGGAUCGGAUCGUCUAUUACACAGCUCAGAUUUGUACCGGGAUUCUUCACCUACACGCCAUGGACAUUGUGUAUCGUGACAUGAAGCCUGAGAACGUGCUCUUGGAUAGUCAGGGUCAAUGCCGUCUUUCAGAUCUCGGUCUUGCUGUGGAGAUUCCAGUUGGAAAAGCCAUCACCCAAAAGGCUGGAACCGGUGCAUACAUGGCACCUGAAAUCCUCACUGAAAUCCCAUACAGGACAUCAGUGGAUUGGUGGGCUCUGGGCUGCAGUAUCUAUGAAAUGGUGGUUGGCUACACCCCCUUUAAAGGUCCCGAAGUCAAGAAGGAGAAAGUGGACAAGGAGGAAGUACAGAGGCGCAUCAUUAGUGAGGAGCCCAAGUAUGAACACAAGAACUUUGAUACCGGCACAAUAGAGAUCAUCAAGCUGUUCCUUAAAAAAAAGAUUGAUGAACGUCUUGGAUGCAAGGGUGAUGAUCCCAGGAAGCACGAGUGGUUCAAGUCUAUCAACUUUGCUCGUUUGGAGGCUGGCCUUAUUGAUCCACCCUGGGUACCCAAACCCAAUGUUGUCUAUGCAAAGGACACAAGUGACAUUGCAGAGUUCUCUGAAAUAAAAGGUAUUGAAUUCGAUGCUAAGGAUGACAAAUUUUUCAAGGAGUUCGGCACAGGCGCUGUACCUAUUGCCUGGCAGAACGAGAUGAUUGAAACUGGACUCUUCGAUGAGCUCAAUGACCCCAACCGGAAAGAAUCAUCUGCUGGCUUAGACGGCGAUAAGAAAUCAGGUACCUGCACACUUUUGUGAAUGAACAAUCCCGCCAUCCUUUGAGUGGCAUCACAAAUAUUAUUGACACUGUGCUCUGCGUUAAGCAUGGCUUGAAAGAGAUGGCAGAAGCCUUUAGCAUAGAAGGAGAUUCUUAUUGCUUCAGUUGCAGAGACGAAUGGUCUGAGAAACACCCUAGACCAUUUAUGAUGUGCUGGACUGAGCUUUGGACCAGACGGGGAUGUGGGUAUCCAUCUUACUUUCUGCACUUUCUUUAUGUCCUAUGUAGUAGUCAACCUAUUAUCCCACUUAUCCCACAGUGAAUGAAAGUAAAAUUGAUGAGUAGUAGAAACUACACUCCACAUAAACAGACUUGGAUAUACGGAUGUACUGUAACUAACAACUUAAUGUUAAAUGAGGCGGAGAUGUCUGGAUAUAUAAAGUUAAAACAUUAUCAGUAAGAAGUGGCUUGCUCUCCAAACACCUCUCUCCUUGCCAAAUCACAGUUUAUUUUUGGAUUAGUUCAAGGUGUACUAGUACACAACUGGCACCUAGACGUACUCCUGUAAGACUAUAAGAGGCUAUGACCCAGCCCAGGUGAAUUUUCCUGAACUGAUUUUCAGGGAGAUGGAUUAAAUUAGCAGAGAAUAUAACAUUAGUAUCUUAAAAUAAAAGUAAGUUAUAACAAGUAUUUAUUUAAUAUGCAAAUGUGAUGGAAUAUAUAAACUUUUCCAGACUUCUUUGUGCGCAGAUGCAAAUAAGCGUGCCUAUGACACAGGCAAGCAACUUUAUGACCAUGCUUGUGAUCUUGCUGAUUUUUUAGCAAGGCUGUUUUGGUUAUGCACUAAGAUUUUUAAAUAAUAAUAUGUAUAAAUGUGUACAUACACUAUAAAUAUAAAUGAAUAAAAUCUUUAUAUAUAGAAAUUCCUGUAUAUGCUUCCAUGAAUAUGCAAAUUAGUCUCUGCCUCUACUCGAUCGCAUAGAGACCACGCCCACCGGGGGGUACAAUCCAUUCGUCCCCAUUGACUUUG